CAAUUGUUGCAAAAUUGGCCACGAUAUUUCUAAUAAGUUACAAUUCUCUAAGCAUCUCUCCUAGGUCUUACUCAUACAAAAGCAUCUAAGCUUUUUGUGAGACCUUUCCAAAGUGGAGGAGAGAAGGAACUGGCCCACGUUUGUCAAUCUCUGCUGUUUGUCAAAGUAACAGUAUAAAACGAGAUAUAUACCAGUAGCAUCAGAGAUACUGCAGCUGCCUGCCUCUACAUUUACAGCACACCAUUGGUUUUAUGCUUUGUUCACAUAUGGCAAGAUGUAGCCAUCUGGAUUAGAAAGCUGUGUAUUUUUGAAACAAAAAUGUAGAUUCUGCAGAAGGUUGAUAGCACACGCCGGAAAAUUACAAAUCCUGGAGAAGUAGGUAUUUCUAGCCCUGAUGAAAAUUGAUGUCUCAAGAAAGACAAGAAUUGUGCACAAAAUAUUGCAGAAUACUGGAGUGCUUUUGCAAAUAUGUCAGAGAUUUUUUUAGGAUAUAUUAUUUAGAGAGAAAAAAAAUUAAUGAUUGAUUGAUAAAGAAAACCCAGUUGUGCAAAAAAUCUAAAGUUUAAGCGACCCAUGUCAUCUACUUGAUGAAGAAACCCUUUUUGUAUUACAUCAGUUAUACUAGCAUAGAGCAAGACAUAGCGCUGUGAUAAUCGGAGCAAAGCCAUUCUUGGCGGCUGGCUGUAGUGAAGCAGCUUGUGCUGCGCUAAUAGAAUGGCUUCUGCGUAUGCUGGAGUGUCUUUAUUUGAGAAAAUAAAGACCUUGCUUUAGGUAAAACAGUCACCUCUGAUCAAAAAUAGGAAGAGGUUGUUUAAAUUAAUAUAGCAAGUGAUUAUAUGCCAUGAUGAUAAAGAAAUAUCAACUACCUUUGCUGUCUAUGCUAAUAGAAAAUAGUCAAUAUGAGUGACAAUGGCAUUAGGUGUGAAACAAAAAUAGAUUGGUUUUUUUUUAAUCUUUGUUUUAGAGUAGCUUUGUACUGAGAGAACAGGUGAAUCUGAAUACAGCAUAGUAAUUUUGAGGUUUGAUCUCUUGAAUUCUUGUUAAUGGAAUCUUCUCAUAUUGAUCCUAAGAGUUUAGUCUCUUCAGGGUUGUUACUAAAGCUGUGUUAGGUCACAUAAUCUAAGAAAUGCAAAUUUUUUUUUCUGUAGGAACAGAUGAAAUGUGCUCAAGAUGCUGGGAAAUGCAUUUUCCUCUCUUUAAACAUUGGGGUUUUUUGUCUGUUAUUUUCAAAUGCAUCCUUACUUUAUCUAAUUGGUCCCAGCUAAAAUUUGUCUUUUUAGUCUUCUGUGUGAAAUCGGUCUCCCCCUAUUGGUUUUCCUUACCAGCAUUUUGAGCAAUGUACUUGAUGGUUAAUUCUGUCUGAUUAAUUUUCUUCAUUUCAUUCCACUAAAUACAAAAUAUUCUUCAGUUCUGAGAUUUUUCUUCCACCUCCGUACUUACUUCUUGUCUGAUGUAGUUGUGUAUUUUUUUUUUCUUCAGUCUGUUGACUUUUGUGAUAGUAUAUCUCUACCUUUUUUCCAGCUUGUGUUUUUGUUUUGUCAAAAUACUGGUGGUCUUGCUAGUGGGAGUGAGGUCCAUCGACAAUGAUAAAAACACUCCCAUUUUUAUAAGCCUUUCUGCCUGAUAAUAUAACAGAGCGUGUACAUGAAUGUCGGUGCCUGCUGCCAGUGAUUUGUGAUGGGAUGUUGGAUGUGGCAUGACUGACAGAGAGCAGCGUGAUGUCUAAGCUUGCCCUUAGCUUCAGCCUGCAAUGCGUUGCUUUUUGAACCUUGUGUUCAGUUAACAGUUUCUGUAACUGCUGCAGGCAGCAGGGUGUGGACUCUACUGUAUUUGUCAAUAUGCAAAAAAAACACCACUGGAAAACCUUAUCUGAAUCCAGCUUCUGGUAUUUGCUGUUGGUCUAAAAACCCAGUGAGGCUUGCCGUCAGGUAAUUGAAUGGGUCUUCCGAAGGAGAGUUGCUAAAACUGACAGAAAAUGGCAUAUCGAAGAGAUGAAAUGUGGUCUGAAGGGCGAUAUGACUAUGAAAGAGUUCCAAGAGAACGUCUCCCUCCAAGGAUUCAUCCUGAUGCAACAACAAAAUUUCUGCAUUUUCAGCAAACUGGAAAUCAGAUAAGUUUGCACAGGGAUGAUUACCAUAGAGUAGUAAACAUUGUGCCCAAGAAACCACCGCUGCUUGAAAGACCUGGGGAUGGGAAUUAUAGUAGGUAUGAUGAUUACAGUCACGCUGAGUACAGAGACUAUGAAGAGGGUCGCAGUUUUGCCCAUGAGCGAAGAAGUGGCCCUCCACACCGAGGUGUACGUAAGGAUGAAUCAGGAUACAGAUGGCCAAGGGAUGAUCAUCCUAUAAGUCGGCAGCCUGAAUACAGGGACGUCAGAGAUGGCUUCAGAAGAAGAAGCUUCUAUCCUUCUCAUUAUAUGAGAGAGCGAUCCCCUCAUAAGAGGGACUCUCCUUUCUUCAGGGAAUCGCCAGGGAGCCGAAGGGAUUCUCCGCACAGCAGAUCUGGCUCUAGUGUCAGCAGCAGGAGCUACUCCCCUGAAAGAAGCAAAGCCUAUCCGUUCCACCAGUCCCAGCAUAGCAGAAGUAAAGAGAGGACGUCAGUUCAAUCACUGAAAACAUCAAGAGAUGCAUCACCUUCAGGCUCCACAGCAGUACCAUCAUCAAAGGCCUUGGAUAAGAGCAACAGACUAUCGGAAAAGGAACUUGCAGAAGCUGCAAGCAAGUGGGCAGCUGAAAAGUCAGAGAAGGCCGAUGAAAGCAAUAUACCUGAAAUAACAGAGUAUGAUGCUGGAUGUUCAGCUCCAUUAUACAUCGAACAAACAGAGGAAACAGAAACAAAUAUAACAGAUAGUAAGGAAUUAUAUGAGGAUGGGCAGCUUCUUGGUCGCUCAAAAGCAAUUGCAACUAAGACAAAGGAGAUUGAACGGGUCUACAGACAAGACUGUGAAACCUUUGGCAUGGUAGUGAAGAUGCUAAUUGAUAAAGAUCCAUCAUUAGAGAAGUCCAUUCAGUUUGCCCUGAGGCAGAAUUUACAUGAAAUAGGUGAGCGAUGCAUUGAAGAACUCAAACAUUUCAUUGCUCAGUACGAUGCUGCCAAUCAAGAUCUAUCAGAAUCCUUCAAAGAGGGCUCAUACUAAGGACAAAAAUACCCUUUCAGAUCCUCUGCAUUGUGUAUGCCAUAAUACAUAAAUCUGUUUUUUGCGGGGAAAGAGGAGAUCUUGUUGGAGAUUUGAACCCAAGGCCUGCGCUCCUUUGCAGUAGCUCAGGUGACUAUAUCUUGUUCACUGUGGUCUCCACAAUUGUAUUCUUCCUACCUGUACUUGUUGACAUAUAUUCCUUUCAAAGGAUGUUCUUUUCAAAAAUGCUGUAAAGUGACAAACUAUUUUUGAAACCUUUACACAGUUACCUAGGAACAAAUGUUCAGUCCGAUGUAUGUACACUUACGUUUCGAUGUUUAUAAGUGUAACUUCAAACACUGUAUUUUUUAUUAAAAUAACAAGAAGCAGCUCUUCAUUCCUCAA